UCUUUUUGACAUUUGUUAUGAUACUUACUGGGAUAUUUUGGAACGCACUUUGAGAAGUCAUUCGAAAAUAUUUACGCGAAACAUUUAGCGAAUAUCUAAAUAUUAUUAUCAUAUUAACUCAAAUACCGGAAAUAAAAAAAGUAAUGGGGCAGACUUUAUCAGAGCCAAUCACAGAGAAGCAGUCAUCAACAUGCCAGGACUCGAGGUACCUUGUUGGCUCCUCAUGUAUGCAGGGGUGGCGGGUCUCAAUGGAUGACUCUCACACUCACAUACUGUCGCUGCCUGAUGACCCUGGGACUGCUUUCUUUGGUGUUUAUGAUGGACAUGGUGGAGCAAAUAUAGCCGAGUAUGCAGGCAAGCAUCUACACAAAUAUAUAACAAAUCGUCCUGAAUAUCACCUUGGUAAUGUUGAAGAGGCAUUGAAACAGGGUUUUCUAGACCUGGACCAGGCGAUGCUGGAAGAAGACCUGUUGCAGGAGAAGGUAGCUGGUAGCACGGCUGUGGUGGUGCUCAUCAAAGACAAUGUUGUCUACUGUGCCAAUGUCGGUGAUUCACGUGCUAUAGCCAGUGUUAAAGGAACGGUGGAAGUAUUAUCAUACGAUCACAAGCCCAACAAUGAAGAGGAGCUCCGCAGGAUCACAGCUGGUGGUGGCUGGGUGCAACUGAACAGGGUCAAUGGUAACCUCGCACUGUCCAGAGCACUUGGUGACUAUGUCUUCAAGAGGAACUACAGGCUGACUGCUCAAGAACAGGUUGUCACUGCAUAUCCAGAUGUAAUUGUGCGACCUUUGAAUGAAGACUGGGAGUUUAUUGUCAUCGCGUGCGACGGUAUUUGGGAGGUCCUGUCAAAUGAUGAGGUGAUAUCAUUCUGCCGAGCUCGCCUGCUGAGCGGUUGGCAGCCGGCGGCGGUGUGCGAGGCUCUGAUGCAGCGCUGCCUCGCCCCCAACUGCGCCACAGGUGGCCUCGGCUGUGACAACAUGACUGUGCUCAUCAUCUGUCUCCUACCCUUCCCCAGGAUAGAUGCUAUUGACACUGCGGCCGCUGAACAACUGCUUAAUAAUAAGUUUGUAACAAACGAGGAUUUACUUUAUAUGGAAGAUGAAGAAGACCUUAAAUGAAAAAUCAGUUGUUUUAAUUGUAAAUGUAUGUAAAUAUAAUUAAUUAAUAUCAUCUUAGGAUUAUGACUUUGAAAGUCAAAGGAGGGGUAGAUGAAAAAAGUUCCUGAAGACAGUGAAAAAAAAAUUGUGUAUAUUAUGUGAUUUUUUUUAGUCUCAACUUCCAGUAAGGGCGACAUGAAAGUCGGUGUUUUUUUGUAUAAAGUCGAAAGCUUUAUUUCCACUGGUGCGACUUCGUUUGCUAAAUAAAAUGACAUCUUCACUCGACCGCAGUUAUAAACCGACAAAGUUAUCUGGUAUAAGUCAAACUAAAUUAUAACAGCUCACUAGUUCCCUCCUAGAAAUGUGAAAAAGGUGUGAUAAGAUCGUUUUUUACUGUAGCUGUUGUCAUGUUUUUUUCUUUUAUGCGUUUUUUUAUACUCUUGUAGGUUUUACAUAUUUUCUCACAGAACUAAAUGCGGUAGUA